UACGCCAGCUACAAGCUAGCAACUGGAAGCGCAUGAAGGGGACACGUAAGAAGUACAUGGACCUUGAGGAGGCCCUGGGGCACAUUGACUUAACUAUGUGGCUAGCAACGUUCCAAGAUGACACUGGAUCCUACUAUGGCUUCGAGCACCCCGAGAAAAGUCUAGCAUGGAAGCGAGAGUCAGUUCAGAAGCUACUAGAACGUCCAGGAAACCAACUGGCCACCUUCGAUCAGUGCCAAUUUGGUUUGGUUUCCCCGUCGGGGAAGCCCAUGCAGAAAAGAACCAAGUUCAUGACAAAUUUGGGCCCGCUCUUCAAUGCCCUCAAUGGGAAGUUCUGUGACCACUCCCACGAGCAUGAGCUGAUCCAGGGCAGUGAGAAUGGUGUCAAGAGAUCAGCAUGGGCCCAGACAUACCCUGAUGGAUUG